AUGAUGGGAACGAUGGGGAAGAUGGCUGCCCUGGCCGCCGAACCUGCAGAGGACGCUUUUCGGAAACUCUUCCGUUUCUACCGGCAGAGCCGCCCUGGGACCGCCGAUAUGGGAGCAGUGAUCGACUUCGCCCAGGCUUCUCCCUCGCAGGGCGCCGGUCACAAGGUAUUCAGGUCUCCACUAAGUGUGUCCUCGGUCAGUGACCAAGAUGCGUGUAGAGCAGGACUCCAGCCAGUCAGCAAGUGGAAAGCCUAUGGCUUAGAAGGCUAUCCAGGAUUUAUUUUUAUCCCAAACCCCUUCCUCCCAGGUUAUCAGCGUCACUGGGUGAAGCAGUGCCUUAAGCUUUACUCCCGGAAACCCAAUGUCUGUAACCUGGACAAGCACAUGAUUACAAAAGAGACCUGGGACCUGUGGGAACAGAGCCAGGAACUCCUGAGAAAUAAAGAUGUGAACAAAAAGAGACCUCGAAGUUUGUUGGAAAAACUACGUUGGGUGACCCUGGGCUACCAUUACAACUGGGAUGAUAAGACAUAUUCAGCUGAUCACUACACACCUUUUCCCCCAGACCUGGCUUACCUCUCAGAACAAGUAGCCGCUGCAUGUGGAUUUCGGGACUUCAAGGCUGAGGCAGGAAUCCUCAAUUACUAUCGAUUAGACUCUACACUGGGGAUCCAUGUUGACAGAUCAGAACUAGAUCACAGCAAGCCUCUCCUGUCCUUUAGCUUUGGACAGUCUGCCAUCUUUCUUCUGGGUGGUCUCAAAAGAGAUGAAGUCCCCACGGCCAUGUUUAUGCAUAGUGGAGACAUCAUGGUGAUGUCAGGAUUCAGCCGCCUGUUGAACCACGCUGUCCCACGAGUCCUCCCAAAUUUUGAUGGGACAAGCCUGCCUCGUUGCCUGGAGGUACCACUACCAGAAGCUUUACCUGCAGAUUCAGUUGUAGAACCCUGUUCUGUGGAGGACUGGCAGGUGUGUGCCAACUAUCUGCAAACAGCUCGGGUCAACAUGACUGUGCGGCAAGUGCUAGCCACUGGCCAGGACUGGGAGGACAAAGAAACCGAGACCACUAGUGAAAGUUCUUGCCACCUCAAUGAUAAAAAUAAUGAAGCAAAGCGGCCCAGGAUGAACCCUAACAGUUGAGAUUUGGGCAACCCAAACUCUUAGGCAGGUCCUGUAAUCAACAGUCACAGUUUGUAUUGCCAGGAGAUUCAUCUGAAGCUGUGUGAACCUUUCACUAAAAACAAACAAAACAAGAAACAGAGACCAGUUCAUCAUUGAUGGCACUAGGGCUGUGAAAACCUUUUGGGGACAAAAAACGUCCUGGUUUGUCACUUAUGAAAAGCUCCCUUGUUCUUGUUCCAUAAGACUUGACAGGGGGGCAGCUAGGUGGCGCAGUGGAUAGAGCACCGGCCCUGGAUUCAGGAGGACUUGAGUUCAAAUCCAGCCUCUGACACUUGACACUUACUAGCUGUGUGACCCUGGGCAAGUCACUUAACCCCCAUUGCCCCACCAAAAAGGAAAAAAAAAGACUUGACACAUGGUAUGCACUCCUUACCAGCUCAUGAGCUUGAAUUCAGCCCAACUUGCCACAGUUGUCCAUGGAGAAAGCAUUCAAAAAACAGGCUUCCCUUCAUGGCUGGUCCUCUGCUGUUAUUUCCGAUCAUGAUGGCACAGGUUAACUUUCAUGUUUGUGGGACUUUUAGAUGCCGCAGGCUUAGAUAAACAUGAAUUGUUGGUGAGAGAUUGACCCACUCUAUCUGGAAACCACAGAAAAAUCUGACCCUGUACCAUCCUUCAUCCCAUCUUCUUACCUAUUUAGAUUAUGCCUUGAUUUCCCCUUCCAUCUCCCCAUCCAGAACUCCUGUUCUGGUUUUUCAAAGGACAAUGGUGCACACACCAAACAGUGAAGCUAUAAAUCUUAUCCACCAAAAAAAGAAAUUAAUCAGUAGCUAUCUUUCUUGACCAAGAGGUAAAUAUAUUUAUUCCGAGUAAAGGAAACAGCAGGUUUUUUUAAAAACACUUUUUCUUUAGGACUUCCAACUCUUCUCUAUCAGCCUUUUAAAUGAAGUUUUAAUCAUUAGUGUGAAAUUCCAAGUCCAAAGGGUGUCCUAUCACUUUUCUCCGUGAAUAAACUGUUUUAAAUUAAAGAUCACUAUCUGUCUUGAAGGGUUUGUAUGUCUGGAAUUUUUUUCCUACAUAGCUAUUUUCUGUUUUCAGGCUGCUAGAGACCUCUGGCUGCUUCCUAAACACUUGGCUGCCUUGUUACUAGUGCAUUGACUUCUCUUUGUGAUGCCCUCACAUGGGAGGGAAUAUCACUUGAUAUCCUGCAGUGGCUGGAUUCUUAUGUUAGGAGACAGCUUGGGAAAUGCUCCAGGCACUGGGCUUUAAUCUUUUACUCCCACUGAUGCAACUCACUAUAAUAUCAAUCAAGUUACUUCAUCCCUGUGCCUGCAUUUUUUCAUUUAUAAAAAGGAAAUGUUUGCUAUCAUCCUUGUAAAGGUGUGGUGAUAGUUGCAAAAAUUUUUGUUGAUUUUUUUUUUUUUUGCAGUUGUCUUGAUGGGUUUUGGUGCAUUCCAGAAGUUAUCGAAAAUGUUGUCAUAGGCCAGCUUAUGGCCUGUAACUAAGUUUUGGCCACCCCUAAUAAACAGCUUUAAGCCAAUAGGGUCAGGAUAUAGACAUAGUUUAUGAAGUGGUUGGGGUAGAAAAAUGCAGAAUUUAAAAUAGGGAGUGGUUUAAAUGAGAAAUUACAGUAGCAUAGUUACUGAUAUUCCUCAAUAGAAACAUGUUAUACCAAUACAGUUUUAUUGCUAUUAUAGCAUGGGGAAUAUCCCAGCCUACCUGUUUGUGCAAAGGUCUGAUGCAUGAAAUGUAUUAUCUGCAUUUCAGAUACAUUUAAGUUUACAUUUGCUGUAUGCUCUGUAGUCAGAUUUCUUCUUAAUGCUAAUGUCAGAUGAUCCUCUCCUGACUGAGAGAAAAGACUAUAUUUGGACUCUUCUCAGAACCCUAAAGGCAGAGAGUGAGUCUGGUUUCAGGCCCUACCACAUUGUUGGCCAAACCUCCCAGUAGGGGGCCGCCUGGCACAUGAGGCUCUGAGGAGCUGAGACUCCUGGACCUUAGGCCCGAGCAGGGCCUAGAACAGGUCCUGGGUUUUGUGGGAGUCAGGCUGGGCUGGAAGUUCACCUUGAGGGGCCCAAGGUGAUGCCCAUGUGACUUGGAGUUCAAGCCCUGACUUAGGUUUUGUUUUGACAGGUUAUGUUUAUACAAGCACUGUUUUAGUAGGGAAUGGGGACAUUCUUGCCCAGAAUAGGGUUGGAGCCUAUGGCUGCAAUCUGAUUGGUUGAUUAAUGGAGCAAUCUGAUUGGUUAAAUCCCAAGUUAGGUUUUCUUUCUUGAAGAGUUAUGUAUGUUAAUACAGCAUUGUUCUAAGGAGGAACUGACACUCUUGCCCAGAAUAGGUUAUGGCCUGGUAUCGUAGUUUGUAAAAUCUGAUUGGUCGAUUGGUACCACCUGAUUAGUUUCUAGCACUGUGAUUGGUCCAUUUGGUACAAUUUGAUUGGUUGUUAUUGUUAUGCUGUAUGUAGAUAGGGGAAUAGUAAAUAAAUAAGGAAUUGUAAAAUACUAUAAUGUGACUGGUUGGAGGGGACCCCUUGAGGGGUAUAAAUAGAGGUAAGGGACCUCACUUCAGUGUACUCUUCAACACAUUCAGAAGAGUACCCAUCUUUGUGAAGAUGAAUAAAGAAGCCUUCACCCACCGA